CCACAGCUGGUAGCUCUCAAUCGAAACGAAAACUAAUUUUUUUGCCAAUGCAUUGAUUCUGUAAUUUAAGUAACACCAACAAUAAAAUACAAAAUGUUAAGCUGUAUUAUGCUAUGAAGUGCUUCCCACAUUUUAUAAAUUAUUUCACAUUGUCGCGAAUUAUUGUUCGUUUCUUGUAAAAUCGUAUAUAAAUAAAUAUUUUGGCUGAUAGUGCAUAAAUUGUAAGAAAACAAGAUCAGGAGUCCAAACAGCAAGGAGCAGCUGGGCAGGAUUAAUAGGCGUAAAGACUAGCAAGCAGCUAGGAGCAGCAUUUAAAUGGCUGAUGGAAAUGGUCAGGCAGCAGGUGCAGCUUCUCGUGCUGGCAACGACAGUCUCGACGCUACACAAACUGUAACUAACAUCGCCGGCAGUAAUCCAAACCUACCAGGAACAUCUGCAUCUACAGCAGCAGUGGCAGGAGCUGGUGCGAGUGGGACUGCGAAUACAGGUGGUGGAAGCAACGGUACUGGGAGCAGUAAUCAAGGAUAUUAUCAAUUAAGCGUGACAAUUGAGGAGGCCUCGCUGCGUAAUAAUGGUUUUCUCAAACCGAAUCCCUACGUGGAGCUGUUAAUAGACAGCAAGAGCAAGCGUAAGACAGAUUUAGUAAAGAACAGCUAUCUGCCCAAAUGGAAUGAGGAGUUUACAGUGCUAAUCACGCCCAAUUCAACGCUGCACUUCAAGGUUCUGGACCAUUCGAGCUUUCGCAAAGAUGCAAUGCUGGGAGAGCGUGUCAUUCAACUAGGCCACAUAUUGCACCACUAUAACGGGCGCUGCGAGUACCUCGAACUGACAAUAGAUCUUUUUGUCACCUCCAAAUCCGACAAUCGACAAACUAAAAGUGGAGAGCUGGUGGCGAUUCUUAAUGGCCUUAAACUAGACAUGAGCAAGGUGGGCCAGUUGCAGCAAAAUGGCACUGCCGUCCAGGCGAUUAAUCCUGUGGUGAGCGAUGCUGCAGCAGCGGGCCGCAGCUGUAUGAUUUAUGGAGGUGUGCGCGCUCGCAUGCGUCUUCGCUCCAAUAAUGCGGAGCCGCCGGCGGCUACCCGCUCACCACUAUCCAAUGGUGUGACCCAGGAACAGCGACGCUCAGCUGCACCGCCAAUAUGGGAGCAACAGCAACAACAGCAGGUGGCACAACCUCAGCAACCACUGCGAAUGAGUAAUGGCACCGCAGCAGCAGCUGUGCCACAAACAGCGCCGUACCCACAGCAACCACCGGCACCUGUACCGGUGCAGCAGCGUCCAGUUACUCAGAGUCCACUUUACGUAAACGGGUCGAUUGAAAAUGGAGGUCAGGCAAACUACAUGCUAGGUGGCGCGCCGGAUCAAGCCGUAUGCGGCGCUGGACUACCUGUGAGCAAUGGUGCAGAUACGCAACUGCAAACGCAGCCGGCGGAAGAUGAGCUGUUACCUGCUGGCUGGGAAAUACGAUUGGAUCAGUACGGACGGCGAUAUUACGUUGAUCACAACACACGCUCCACGUACUGGGAAAAGCCGACGCCGCUGCCGCCCGGCUGGGAAAUAAGAAAGGAUGUGCGGGGUCGGGUUUAUUACGUGGACCACAAUACGCGGAAGACUACAUGGCAACGGCCGAACAGCGAACGCUUAAUGCACUUCCAGCACUGGCAGGGCCAGCGCGCUCAUGUGGUAGCGCAGGGUAAUCAGCGGUUCCUCUACUCUCAGCAGCAGCAACAACCUACGGCUGUGACAGCGCAGGUGACUCAAGAUGACGAAGAUGCGCUGGGUCCCCUGCCGGAUGGCUGGGAAAAAAAAGUGCAAUCUGACAAUAGAGUCUACUUUGUGAAUCACAAGAACCGCACUACCCAAUGGGAGGAUCCACGUACCCAGGGACAGGAGGUCAGCCUAAUCAAUGAGGGUCCACUUCCGCCAGGUUGGGAAAUACGCUACACGGCGGCUGGCGAGCGAUUUUUUGUUGAUCACAAUACGCGGCGGACGACUUUCGAGGAUCCCCGUCCAGGUGCGCCAAAGGGUGCCAAAGGCGUCUAUGGUGUUCCGCGUGCUUACGAGCGCAGCUUCCGCUGGAAGCUAUCCCAGUUCCGGUAUCUCUGCCAGAGCAAUGCCUUGCCCUCGCAUAUCAAGAUCACUGUUACACGGCAGACGCUAUUCGAAGACUCAUAUCAUCAAAUUAUGCGCUUACCCGCCUAUGAACUACGUCGCCGGCUGUACAUUAUCUUCCGUGGUGAAGAGGGCCUGGACUAUGGCGGCGUAUCACGCGAGUGGUUCUUUCUGCUGUCGCACGAGGUGUUAAAUCCCAUGUACUGUUUGUUCGAGUACGCAAACAAGAAUAACUAUAGUCUACAAAUUAAUCCUGCAUCCUAUGUGAAUCCGGACCACUUGCAGUACUUCAAGUUUAUUGGACGUUUCAUUGCCAUGGCAUUGUAUCAUGGACGAUUCAUCUACAGUGGCUUCACAAUGCCCUUCUACAAGCGAAUGCUAAACAAAAAGCUGACCAUCAAGGACAUUGAGACCAUUGAUCCCGAAUUCUAUAACUCGCUCAUUUGGGUGCGAGACAAUAAUAUUGACGAAUGUGGUCUUGAGCUGUGGUUCAGCGUGGACUUUGAAGUUCUAGGUCAAAUAAUUCACCACGAACUAAAAGAAAAUGGCGAGAAGGAGCGAGUUACAGAGGAGAAUAAGGAGGAGUACAUAACACUUAUGACCGAGUGGCGUAUGACCCGUGGUAUUGAACAGCAGACCAAGACGUUUCUUGAGGGCUUUAACGAAGUUGUGCCUCUCGAGUGGCUAAAGUACUUUGACGAACGCGAGCUGGAACUUAUACUAUGCGGUAUGCAGGACGUGGAUGUUGAAGACUGGCAACGCAACACAAUAUACAGACAUUAUAAUCGAAAUUCCAAACAAGUGGUCUGGUUUUGGCAGUUUGUACGUGAAAGGGACAAUGAGAAGCGCGCCCGUCUUUUGCAGUUUGUAACGGGCACAUGUCGCGUUCCAGUCGGUGGCUUUGCGGAGCUGAUGGGCUCGAAUGGUCCGCAGCGGUUUUGCAUCGAAAAGGUGGGCAAAGAAACCUGGUUACCACGCUCGCAUACUUGCUUCAACCGCCUGGAUUUGCCACCUUAUAAAAGCUACGAUCAACUGGUGGAAAAAUUGACCUUUGCCAUUGAGGAGACUGAGGGCUUCUGCCAGGAAUGAGUGGUAGUCGAUUUGUGGUCAGUUUGUUGAUUAAUGUUUAAUUCUAAUUGAGCGUCCCUUUGUCGUCCGCUAUGUUAAUAGUUACUGUUAUUAUGAAAUACCUAUAUGCAUAUACGUAUGUAUAACUAUAAUGUAGGCACUAUGUUCAGAUUUUCUUUUUGUGAAAUGCAUCCUAUUCAAGCGUAUUUUGCAUAGUUAUUUGGCUCAAUCUUUGCACUCCAUGUUAAGUUUUGGCCAUAUGCUUUAUUCAUUAUUAAUAAAAAAACAUUCAUACACAUACCGAUGCGGCUACCACAAAAAAGAAUGAGCAUUAUAGAGAGUUUUUAGAGAAACGAAAUUUUAAACUUGUUAGUCAUUCAAACGGUCCACAAAUAUAUAAUAAAACAAAAUAUAUAACUAGCAAGUUGAGUAAUAAACGCGGUAUGUAAAGUUUUAUGUUCUUUUAUAGUUUUAUAUAAAGUUGUAAAUAUUUUAAAUGCUGUUGUCAUAAAUGAAACAAGUAUUUAUUUGGCCAUCAGUUUAAUAUUAUGAAGUGCUGCACACUUGAAGGGUUUUAACUGUAAAGCAAUUAUUUAUCAUAUACCAGCACAGAGAAAGUCUAAAGUUAAGAGAACAAAAUAUCACUAGUACUCUUAACGUAGAAAAAAUGUUAUAUUUCAUAAAUUGUAACGACAUACUUUAAUCUAAAUACAUAAAAUAGCAAUAAUUGUUGUUACCAAAACUGAAGGCGAUGUGAAUUAAGAACUACGAAAGAUCAGCAUUCAAAUGUUGAUGCGCUGGUUUGUGAGAAAAAGUUAUGUGAAAAAGGCGCAUAAAGUUUAUAAAUUAUAUGAUUAUAUAUGAACGCAUUAUAUAUAAUAUUAAAUUAGUUUAAUGCAACAUGUACUGUAUUAUAUAAAAUAAAUGCAAAAUUAUUUAGUGAUAUGCGAAUCAGCAACCAAUCUCAUAUCUAAAAUAACUCUAAAUUUAGAUAAGAAUUCUGUAGUCGGGACUGUUCGACUCGCCCCUGAAUCCCCAGAAAAACUGAUGUUCUAAUGAAUCUCCACUUUUCUGUAUACAAAAGAAAUAACACAUGCAUUUACACGCACACGGACUGACAGACAGUGCAAAAAGGACUCAGUUCAGCGUAUAAGGAACAUAUACUGUAUCUAUUUAUGUCUAAAAGCUUCACUGAAAUAUGUUAAUAUAUUUUCUGAUUUCCACCAGACAGCGGUGCACGGGCGCCUUCACGUGCUGAGAUACAUUACAUAUCUAUCUAUCUGAGCUACAUUAGUAAUAUGAUAGUUUCCAGUUUUUUGAAUACUUGUUUGGCUUCAAAGGGGAACGUUUUUGUUGACAAAAAUAUGAAUAUUUGUCAGUUACAGCUAAAGUAAAGUGGCUAUUAACGUAUAGUAGCAGUAGUAAUAGUCGCAGUACUGGUAGUAAUAUUAGCGCAAAUUUUCAGCUCCCUCAUGUAAAACAUUCAAACGAAAAUUUAUUGUUAGCAUCACUCAAUCAUUUAAAUAAAGGAGAAAUACUAUUGUACUCUAAACUAAAAAACAAUCAGACAACUCAGUGUAAAGUAGUCACAGAAAUUACACUGUCGAAAAAUUAAAACUUUUAAUCGGAAAAAAACUGGUUGGUUAGAGAUUAAAUCUACCCGCCAAAUCGAUCCUCUUGCCAGUUUUUCGAUAAUAUUCAAAUGUAAUCGAUUUCAUAUUACAAGAAGUGGCAACGCUGGUUAGACUGCGCAUCAAAUUAAAAAGGAGACAAAUUAAUUAAUAAGUGAAAUGGAUUUUAAACAUUCCCAAUCGUCAAAUGACGCUCCAGAGAAGAACGCCCUGCAACAACUGAGAAGCCCCCGUAAACAUUUUGAAUGUUUCACAGAACCGCGCCGAAUUGAGGAACUCCUAAAAUCGCCGCUGCAUUUCAAAGAAGUCGCAAACUGCCCAUCUAAAUCGCUCAAUGCUGUUGGCUCCGCAUCGAAAGGUAUUUGUAUGCAACCACGAUCUACAAAGGAGUUAAAACAGUCUCCGCUGCACCUUGUGUCGAAGCAGUUGCAAACAAGAUCUGCAUCAAAAUCGACGGAUUUUCUCAGUCCUUACUCCCAUCCGAAGGAAUGUGGCCGUCCAUCUGGACGUAAGCUAGAUUUUACCAAGGAGAUUUUGAUGCAAAUGGAGACUCGCAUCGUAUCGUAUCUACGGAGUUUAAAGGACUUUCAAACGAUGAUAAAACCAGGCCUCCAAAAAGUGAGCUUAAACGACUUCAUGCAUAUUCUGAGUCAUUUGUUAAGAUUCACAGGUAUUCGGCUAAAACCCUUCGACAGGGACAAUCAAAUAGAGCAAUCGGUCCUGGCUAUGCGUCAGCUGAAAUAUCCAUAUAAAGUGAAUAAAUCUUGGAUGUUGGUGCCCAGUGCAUCAUUCCAAAAUGUUCUAUUGAUGUUUGAUUUUCUCUUGGACUUUGCACCACAACCAGAUGAAUCUUUCGAUUUGCAAGAAAAGGAACUCAUAGCCUUUAAUAAAAAUGAGCUAUCUGAUGAAACGGACAUGCGGCUGAAGCAGGAACUUAUGGAUAUAGAGAGUCAGCUAUUAGAACAAGCCCAAGCAAAUCAUUCAAUCAGCCAACAGUUGGACCACAAGUUGCGAUUUGAAGCCGAAAUACAAGCUCAGCUAAAUGGAGCACGAGAAAAGUUAAAUGCUUUGCUUCAGAAAAGUGCGAAUCAUGAACUGAACAUGGGCCGACUGUGCCUUCAAAUAUGGCGGAGCGAGAAACAGCGGGAAGAAUUAAAAAACCGAUUGAGCCAGGAGCUUAGCAGUUACCAAGCAUAUGGUCAUAUAUUGGAAGACUUUAACAAACAACGGCUACUUCAUUGUAUUAAAGCUCAAGAGCUAUCUGAGCGAACGUCCAAAGAGCUUCAAAGUAAAUUAGGAAAUUUCAAUCUCCAAUUACAUAAUAUUUUUGGAAACCAUUUCAACUGGUUCAAAUGGCCCUUGGCGCCCACUUUAUCUGACAUUCGAAACACUCAACUUCAACUAAAACAGCUACGACAGCAAAUUGAAUUUUCUAAGCAUACCCCAACACUAGGCAACGCAAGACCGCCAUUAAAUAUAUAAUAAUGCUACGUGGAACAUACGGAUUUAGCAAACAUAAUUUUCUUGCUUGUUGCCUGUUUAAGUAUAUCUAAUGUAAAAUGGUAAUGAAUAAAAUUGCAUGAUAUAUCACUAUGACAUAUGA